GUUAUGAAAAAUAUUAUUAUGAUAAAUAAAAGUGUUUGAAAAGUUUUAAAUUUUUAGGAUUACCAAGUUAAAUACUUUAGUCCCAAAGGGGCUGCAGACCUGGACGGAUUAGGGUGUUACAGAUGCAGUGCCACAUAAACAUGAUGCAUGAGUUAGACUGCGCAGGGACACCCCUGCCCUUCGGUGAUCAUCCCCACGCGGUAGAUGAGCCGAGGAACGCCUUAGUCAUCCCGAUGGAGACUAGAAUGUGGGCGAUAGCUAAGCCUAGCUACCAUAUCUUCUGCCCUGACAACUUUGUGUUCGGCCAGUCCGGCGCCGGAAACAAUUGGGCCAAGGGACACUACGCCGAGGGCGCAGAAAUCAUCGACUCCGUCCUGGACGUCGUCCGCAAGGAGGCCGAGAACUCCGAUUGCCUCCAAGGGUUUCAAGUGUGUCAUUCGCUGGGUGGUUGGACCGGGUCUGGCAUGGGGACGCUGUUGAUAUCGAAGAUAAGGGAGGAGUACCCUGACCGGAUGAUGUUAACUUUCUCCGUUUUUCCGUCUCCAAAGCUAGUGGACGGGAAGAAAAGAAAAAAGAAGAAGAUCUAGAGUAGAUGAGUGGGGGUAAUAAGUGUUUUUUAUAUAAAAAAGUUACCAAAAAUGGAAAUGGAAAGAUAAUUUAUGAAAAGACAAAAAAAGAGUGGAAAAGUUAUUUAUGAACGGAGAAAAUAUUUUUUUGAAUAAAUUUAGGGGAACAUC